AUGUCAGAGUCCACAGCAGCGAGCUCAGCUUCUGCUAAGAAGCAGCCUCCUCAAAGCAGAUUGAAGCAAUUGACAAGUGCCUCCACUUGGGUUUCUCCCUUCAGAAGUCAACCAGGCGAGGAAGAGGGCACCAGCUCCAAGAAAAAGGUCAAUUUGUACAAGCAAUUCAAAGAGGAUAACAAAGUGGAGCACAUCAAGGUCCCUGCAAAGUUUGCUCAUCAUCCAACUUUAGAGGCAGAAGAAAGAAAGAAGAAAAAGCAGGCCAAAGCACCAAAGUCAGCAAAAACGACCACAGAGUCAAAGGACAAGAGUGCAACAGGUGACAAGACUGAGUCAGAAGAAAAAAAACUCGAGGACAAUAGCAAGGAGAAAUUGAUUACUGAUGAAUCUGCCACUGAGAAACUUCCUGAAUCUAAGGGAACGGCCACCACCGAGGGUCUUUCCAUUGAGGAAAAGUUUGAAAAACAAUUCGAGGAAAAACCAACCAACGAAGGGCCUUCCAUUGAGGAAAAGUUUGAAAAACAAUUCGAGGAAAAACCAACCACCAAGGGUCUUUCCAUUGAGCAAAAGUUUGAACAGCAAUAUGAAAAAAAUACAACCAACGACGUCCCUUCCACUGAGCAAAAGGAGAAGGCAACCACCGAUGAAACCGGAUCUCAAAAACAGUCUGAAAAUGCCCAAGAAAAGUCUGCCACAGAUGAGGGGUUGGAAAGAAAACUCACUAAUGAGUCCAGAGAAACAUUGCUCAAGGAAGAGGAUCAGGAUGCAGUCAAGUCUCCAGAGGCCGAGGCAAAAGAGGCACUUAAAGCAUCAGACAAAGAUCUUGCAGAUGCCAAAAAGGUGAGUCAAGAAGAAGAAGACCUUGCUCAAGAGCAUUUGGAAGGUGACGAUGAAAUCGUCGACCAGAUCAAAGAAAACCCGGUUGAUGUAGAUGUUCCUGCUCAAACAAAGUAUGAGCCCGUUGAAAGACCAAACCAGGAAAUUUUGGAUAAAUUGAAAGAUAAGCCAGUUUUGUUGAGACAUUACCAGGAGCUUAAUGCUACCGCCAUUGGAUCACUUGCAAAUGAUUUGGAUGAUCCCAAAAAGGUCAUUGAGUUGGGUUCUGGGUUGAGGUUAACACAAGAGCAGUUGUUGGAUAUGGCAGCGAAAAGAGUCGCACCAGUCAUCACCUCAAUCAACGAUGAAGUUUCGAAAACAAGACAGGAGGAUGAAAUCAAGAGACAGCAGUUGUUGGACGAAAAAGUCAAGAAGCACGAGGGUAAAUUGAAAUCUGAUUUUGACAAGUACGCUGCAAAGGUGAGCAAAAGAAAGGACGCCAUUGACCAGGAAAUUGAGCGCAAGUUGGCAAACAUUGCCAAUUUAGUAAAGACCUCGGAUGAGAAUGCUGCCAAGUUUGAGGAAAAGACAAAGGCGGAAAUUGAAACUGCAGCAAACGAGUAUGAGGAACGUGAGACCAAGGCCUCUGAAAAGCACGUUACUGAUAAGGAAACUCUCGAAAAGAACCACGAAGAAUUGCUUGCAACUAAGAAGCAAGAAUUGGAGGGCUCCAAAGCAGAGCAGGAAAAGGCCACUCAAGAAAUCCAAGACUUGAAGCAGAAGAAAACAGAUUUGACUGAAAAGAAUUCUGAAUUGGAUACUGAGAUCGAAAGAUUGAAGCAAAAGUUGGAGGAGGAAAAAGCCAGAUUGAAGGACUUGACUGCUCAACAUGAAUCUCAUCAAGAAGCUAUUGAAGUGAACCAAAACCAAAGCAAAGAGUUGAAUGACAAGAUCGGAGGUUAUCAAAAGGACAUCGACGACAAGAAAACCACACACAAGGGAUUGGUUGCUGAAGUUGGAGCUUUGGGGGCUUUGUUGGGUGCUUUUGCUGCUAAAUUGAGCGACAUCAACUCAGACAAACCAAACAGGACCGAGAGACUCACCGAGGCCAAGAAUAAACAUAUUUCUUGGCAAAGGGAAAAGGAUCAACUUGCAGAGGAAGCUGCAAGAGAGCAUGAACGUCAAAGGGCUCACGCAAGUCAAGAGUAUGAAACGAGAAAGCACCAAGAGGAGUUGGAAAGACAGAGACAAAAGGAGGAACAAGAAAGACUUGAAAAGGAGGAGCAAGAGAGACAAGCCAAGUUGGAAGAAGAAGAGAGAAAGAAGCAGGAGAAAUUAGAAGCCGAGGAGAGGGAAAGACAGGCUAAGCUCGAGGAAGAAGAGAGACAAAAAAGGGCCGAGGAGGAAGCAAAGGCCAAAGAGAAGAAGGAAAGGGAGCAAAAACAAGCCAACGUUGCCGAGAAGCUUAAGCAAAAGGAAGCAAAGCAAAGGGACUUGGAAGAGGAAAGAAAUAAGCAUGAUUCCCUCUACCAAAAGGGAUCUUUUGCUGGUGGCGAAUCUGAGUACCACGAAGCUCAAAAGGGCAGAUUAAAUGAUGAAAUCACAAAUUUGCAAAAGAUUAAGCAGUUGAGAGAAGAAAGAUCUACUUACACUGGAGAUGAUCCCAAAUCCGAUGAGCUUGACAAAUUGAUCAAGGAGAGACAAAAGGCUAUCAAAAAGAUUGAAAACAAGCAAGCUCAACCUUCUUUAAAUGAGCGGGCAGUAGCCGAGGAGCCAAAAUCGAGCAAGAAUUUGGUCUCUUCUGGUACCGGUGCUGCUGCCGGCACUGCGUUUGGUCAGGAUUUAAUUGACAAGCAAUCCAAAUUGCCAAGCGCAAAAGAAAAUCCUGGUGCCGACUACGACUUGAACAAGAAAGGCGCUAUUCAUGAUGCCGACAAGUCUGUCCCAAAUUUUGAGAAAGAUGAAAAGAAAGAUUCAAAGAGCAAGUCAGGCUUAGGGUCUGCCGCUAUUGUAGGUGGUGCCGUUGGUGCUGGAUCUGGUGCUGCAAUUGGCGCAGCAAGUGGCACAGCAAGUGGCAUCCCAUCUGACAAAUCGGCUUCCUUGGCCAAAGAAAGAUCAAACAGUCUCUCCGACAGAUUUAAAGGAUGGGGCAGAAGACUUUCCAGAGACAAGACUCCUAUUGAAAAGAAAGAGCAAGUUCCCACUGACAAAUCCAAGGCUGUUGGUGUGUCAAAAGACAGCAAACCCACUGUUGCCACCAACAAGGAAAACACCAUUGGCGUCGCACCAAGAGGAGACGACACCAUCGGUGGAGUCAAUGCAAACGAUUCCGAAAACAAAACAGGAUCAGCUCGUGUCAUUCCCAAGGGAGAAAGUCAAACCGUUGGUGGUGUGAAUGCAAAUGACAUUGAAUCGAAGGACUUUCACAGGCCUGCCGCCGCUACUGCAGCUGGUGCUAAAGAGCAGCCACGUAGAGAUGACGCCUCAUGGGAAGUCCAAUCGGUGUACGAGGUUGUGUCUGACGCUGAGUUUGAAGCAAACAAGAACGAUCCAAAUUACUUGUCAGUAAGCGAAGAGGAUUACACGAAGCACAAGGAAAAGGAGAAGAAAGUUAACCUUCUUGGUAAGAUCUUUUGA